AUGCCCUCCCACCAAUACACCCACUCCCAGUCCCUCCCCCGACACUCCAUCCUCCCCGCCUCCACAACCGCCGGCCCUUCCUCCUCCAUGGGCAGCUCCUCCAUGUCGAUGGCCAAAACGCGCCAGUACACCAACCUGCAUAAUCAGCUCGAGCAGCUGAACGCUAACCUCCGUGACACGGAGAAUCUGCUCAGGAUGACAGCCGUGCAGGCCGAGGAUAUGCGUUUCUUGGGCGGGUAUGUUGGCGCGUUGUUCAUGGGGUCUGCGAAGGUGCUGGGAGAGGAGGGCGUCAAAGGGGAUAGUAAUGGUGAUGAGGAAAAGAGGGAGGGUUGA